AUGGCAGCCUUCACCAGCACCUGUGACUCUAAGGUGAGAUGUGCGUCCCAGCGUCGAGGGAAGGAGACGCGGUCCAACACAGAUGCUGAUGGGCGACCUCCGAGCCAGAGCAUCAGUGACUGCAGUACUGUGCUGGAGAAGAGCCAGGAGUUCUUCCAGAUCUGUGACACUGAAGGCAAAGGAUUCAUCACCCGCCGGGACAUGCAAAGGCUCCUUGGAGAGCUACCCCUGAGUGCAGAAGACUUGGAGAAUGUAUUUGAUACUCUGGAUGCUGAUGGCAAUGGCUACCUCACAGUGGAAGAGUUCUCCUCCGGCUUCAGUGAGUUCAUGUUUGGAACGUCGGCUUCAGCAGCAGGUCUGGAGUCAGCUGUAGAGCCUGUCCCUGAGAGGUGUCCUCCUGAGAUGCUGUACCAGAGCCAGUGGGAGGAGACUCUGAGUGGAGGUCGGGAUGGAGAGGAGAAGCACUUCUGCAUGCUGAUGGAAAACCUGGGAGCCAGCAACAUCUUUGAGGACCCAGAAGAGGUGCACAGUCUCUGGGUGCAGCUCCACAGGGAUGAACCCUGCCUCCUGGCCAACUUUGAAGAGUUUUUGGCCAGAGUGACUUUCCAGAUCAAAGAGGCCAACCAGCAGAAGAGAGAGAUGGAGAGUGCUCUGAAAAGGAAGGCAGCCUCUCAUGAUGAUGAAAUCCAACGUCUCUACGAGGAAAUGGAGCAACAGAUCAACAAUGAGAGAGACAGGAUCCUCUUACAGGAUUCAGAGCGAUUUUUGACCCACAGUCUGGACCUGGAGCAGAGGCUUUCCAGCAAAGAGAGAGAGCUUGAACUGCUACUGAACAAACAGAAACGGUUGGAGCAGCAGUGUCGUGAGCUGCACAGUGAGCAGAGGGAGACUGCGGUUGAGAAUGUGAAGCUGAGGCAGUAUAACGAUGAGCUUUCCCACGAUUUGGAGCACACCACUCAGGAGCUGAACCUCGCACAGGAGCACCUCCGAGUACUGCAGUCUGAGGCUUCACGCCUGGAGGAGGAGCGUGAGCUAGAGAUGUACAGGGUUACUGAAGGUCUGCAGAGGGAGCGAGCAAGUCUACUUAAGCAGCUGGAUUUACUGAGGGAAAUGAACAAACAUUUACGAGAUGAGCGAGACAUGUGCUGUCAAAAACCGAAGAACGCUGCCGUGAAACCCUUUUGCACACAGAGGUCUGGACCGAUGGCUAUGAAAGCAUUUCGGAGUGAGGAUGAGGAGGAGGUGAUGCUUCAAUCUAAGAAGAAGAGUUCAGUGGCUGAAGAGGGCCACGUUUUGGCUCAGUGCCAGGAGGACCUGGCAGAGACCCCUCUCCCGCCCAGACAGCACCUCCCGAGGAUCAUCUCCAUCGAGGAGGACCAUCUGCCCCACUUGCUGCAGGAGGAGUACCAGGCCCAGCUGAGGCACUGGAGUGAGGAGGACGAAGAGCUGGAACAGGAUAUCUACCCCUGCUCUAGCACCCCAGUCCCACCAUCCCGUCCUCCGGAGAGGAGGGACACACACACCCCCACCUCCCCCAGGGGGCAGCCUGUAGGCAAAGAGACUGCCCAGCCAGAGGAGAUGUGCUCGAGACCAGACCGUCUCUUUAAGGUUGUUCUGGUGGGUAACUCCAGUGUUGGGAAGACCUCGCUGCUACACCGUUUCUGUGAUGACUGUUUCUACCCAGGCACCUCAGCCACUGUUGGUAUUGACUACAGUGUAAAGACACUUACAGUGGACAACAGCCAGGUGGCGCUGCAGAUGUGGGACACAGCAGGACAGGAGAGGUAUCGGAGUAUUACUAAGCAAUUUUUCCGCAAGGCAGAUGGAGUGGUGGUGAUGUAUGACAUCACUAGUGAGCAGACGUUCACGGCAGUGAGGUCGUGGAUGGCGAGCGUGCAGGAAGGAGCAGGUGAGGACAUUCCUGUCAUGUUGCUGGGGAAUAAGACUGAUUUGGAGGGCCAGAGAGCGAUCGAGUUCAGAGCAGCAGACAGAUUAGCCAAGGACUCUCAGAUGAUGUUCUUUGAGUGCAGUGCUUUAUCCGGACAGUACGUCACAGAAGCCAUGGUCCACUUAGCCAGGGUUCUAAAAGAACAAGAGGACAGGGAGAAGGAGAAGACCGUCUCCUUGGCCGACAGCCCCUCAAAGAAGUCAUGUUGCUAGCACCAGCACUGAGCCCGUAUGCACGGUCACAUCCUGUCCCCUGCUGAGUGGUGGCUAGCUCUCUGUCUGUCUCAUGGUGAUGUGCAUUUUACCCAGUUUCUCUCUACACCAAGUAGUUUUACCACAUGACACUUUUUAGAUAAAUCUCUGAUUUUCAAUGUUUUUAACUUAAAAAUAUGAAUGUAUAACUUGUGAUCAGUGUUAUGGCUAAGGUAGGAAGGGUUGACUUUUGCACUGUAAGGGUCUGGUGGAUAUGCUGUUCAUGUUGCAUAUUAAAUGAAUAUAGAGUCAAGAUCCAUCAUGCUAAAGAAGGAGUAAAGCUGAAUAGUGAAUCUGGCAGAAAAACAAUAAAAAGUUGCAUGUUUUAUAAUGAUAAAAUUUUUAGGAAUAAUCCGUAUUUGAGAUUGAGAUUGUUUACAGUGCAAAUGUUUACAUCAUAGAAGCAAAAUGUCUUCAAAUCGAAGUUUAUUUGGAGGUGUAGUGGAAUUACUUGAUGUUUGCUUUGGGGAAAAAAUUAUCUCCAAGAGUCAUUAUAUUUUAUUACAAUGUCAGGGCAGUUUCUUCCCUGGGUUUCUUCAAGACAUGAGUUUGAAAGGAAUCUAGCAGAAGUUUAUGAAGAAAUGAAUUUGUCCACCAUUUGAAUACUUGUAAAUGUCCAUUUUGGGACACAGGGUUUGUGUAUUGUGUUUAAUUAUAUUAUCUGUCUGAUAUGGUUGAUAUCAGUGUUAACACUGCCACGUCUCACUAGAAGCUCACAGCUGUUCACAUUCUCACUGGACCACAGACAUUCAUUUACUUUACCAGAAUUUGUUUGGCCCUCUGUGUCUGUCUAGGAUAAAUGUAGGUGCCCACUACUUUGUGGGAGAGGAGAGCUUCUUCUUCAAAGCAUCAAAUGAGAGGCCUUGAAACAAAUCACUCAUUGGAGUCCAUAUCACAGGGCUCAAGUCAUUGUGGUUGUUAUUACUGUUGAUAUUCUUUACCACACCAUCUUGAACACGGUGCCUGCAUGUAUGAUCAUUGAUCAUUGUCCUGUCACUCUGAACUAUAUGAACACUAACAGGCUCUCGCUACAGAUCCAGCCAGUCUGCGUUCACUGUGCUGUAGUGGCUGUGAUCAAGCACAUGUCUGAUUACUGUAUAUGUGGUUGAUAUUGUGCUGCAGUGCUCCAGUGCUGUACAGUGCACAUGCUGCAGUGCUCCAGUGCUGUACAGUGCACAUGCUCCAGUGCUGUACAGUGCAGGUUCUGUAAAUGUUGGUGUGUUCACUGCUUGAACAUAGAGCUUGUGAACUGUGGUUUUCCUAAUCAAGUGGGUCA